AUGACGGAACGAAAGAGUUCUGAAUCUACUCACCGCCUCGGUGUGAAGCGCGGCAACAGAUUAAUCUCGAGAUCGACGAAGACUCCAUCGAAUACCGUCGUCACUCCACCAAAGGCCGCCGUCGCUGCUCCCAAUGCGAGGAAAGACGAAGUACACCGACGCAGAUAUCCCUUCAAUGAUAUGCUGAAGCGCAAAAGUGGAGGUGCGGUAGAUCUCUCGAGAGAUACUGCACCUUCAGGGCCCAGCAAUGAAUUUGUCAGAUCAGAGAUGCCGCCACCAGGCGACGAUGCUCUAGACACGCGAAUGGCACAUAGGGUCGCAGACCUCGAAAGAGCUCUGGCGAUUGCAAGAGAGGAGCAUGAAUUGGCCAGAGAAGAGCUGUCGAAAGUGAGGCAAUCCAGACAAGCGGAUCAGGAUGCGAUUGAGGAACUGAGGCAGCGACUUGUCGAGACAGGCUCGAAUGCAGACCGAGCCCCAGUCGCCGGAUCGAACGACCAUGGAGAAGUGAGUGAGGUGCCAGGAGCUGCACAACAAAGAGAGGAAGAAAUUGUGCGUCAGAACUCCGAACUACGUUACCGACUUGCGCAACUCGAGGAACAACUCGCAUCGCACAACGAAUUGCACCCACGCAGCCUCAAGCGACCGCAAUCAAACGGGCAAGCGGACGAACUGCGGCUGCGCCUCCAUGCCGCCGAGAAGGAAUCACAAGAGAGACUUCAGCAGCUUCUGGCGCUGAAGUCUAGCAUAUCUUCGCUCACGCGUGUGGAUUCGCAAAUCACGGAUAGCGAGCUCGCAGAGUCAUUCUCACAGCUUGCAAACCGCGUGCGCGAAUGGACCGUCUCGAACUUCAGGCGAUCAAAACUGAACCUUAGCAAUCUUCCGAAGGAGACUGCAGAAGCUCUCCGCGCCUUGAACCCUCGUUACAUGGCUAGCAUUCAAUCCACGGAUAAGCUUGCGCUGUAUCAGGCUAUCGUCUCAACAUCGCUCAUACGAAUCCUCGAUAGUUCUAUCGUCUUUGGGCUACCUAGCAUAGGCCCACUGGCGGCAUUGCGACCGAUUGCUGAGCACACACAACACCUUGGUACUACAUACCGAGAAUGGGUGCGUGCUACCAUACAACUGCUUGAGCGCAGCGAAGCAAAUGGAGAGAUCAAAAAAGAAAACGAAGCGUCGCUACACCGACUCACCGGAGAGAUCACCCACGUACUUUUCACGUUGACUUCUGUGAGCCUUGCGCCGAACGCACAGUCAACGCUGGCCGGGAUAUUGAAGGAUGCCGUGGGUCUGCAGCGAACUCUCGCUUUGCAAAAGGCGCGCUACCAGUUACUCUUCUUUCGUUGCCAAGAUGGCAAUAUGCGAUUCGAUGAUCGAACAAUGGAAGCUGUCAAUGACAUUGAUCCCGCCAUGGAAGAUGAUACUGAUAUGAACGUUGAUCGCACGUUUCUAUUCUGUGCAUUCCCAGGUUUGAUCAAGUACGGCGAUGAGUGGGGAGAGCACUCCGAAAUGAGCAAUGUAUUACUGAAAGCGAGGGUGUGCUCUGGUGUGAGCUGA